AUGCCAAAGGACUACCUGCCUACGCUGAAAGGUUCAGGAAGGACUCUUUCUUCAGUUAUAGACCUGGACACAGCAAUGCCAUGUGAAGUCCAGACUUCACCACUGCCGACGGCUUUCUGCGGCUGUACAAGGCUUGGGUCGGUUGCUGUUCUACUGUUUAUCAGACACAAGGUCUUCCUUUAUUACGGUUGUGGAACUCUGGUAGUACUGGAACAAAAUGAAGCUGGGAUUGUUCUGCUCAGAAGUUUUGACUGGAAUGAUGGUCUAUUUGAUGUGACGUGGAGUGAGAAUAAUGAACAUGUGCUCAUCACUUCUAGUGGGGAUGGAUCUCUGCAAAUCUGGGAUACCGCUAAAACCACAGGUCCACUGCAAGUCUAUAAAGAGCACACUCAGGAGGUAUAUAGUGUUGACUGGAGCCAAACUAGAGGAGAACAUCUAGUGGUGUCUGGUUCAUGGGAUCAAACAGCCAAGCUGUGGGAUCCAGCUGUGGGGAAGUCAUUGUGCACUUUUAAAGGCCAUGAGGGGGUCAUUUACAGCACUAUAUGGUCUCCACACAUCCCAGGUUGUUUUGCGUCUGCCUCAGGUGACCAAACUUUAAGAAUUUGGGAUGUGAAAGCCCCAGGAGUCAAACUUGUGAUUCCAGCCCACCAUGCUGAGAUCUUGAGCUGUGACUGGUGCAAAUAUGAUGAGAACUUGCUGGUAACUGGUGCAGUUGACUGCAGUUUGAAAGGCUGGGAUUUGCGGAACGUCCGGCAACCAGUGUUCGUCUUGCUUGGUCAUACCUAUGCUAUCAGAAGAGCGAAAUUUUCACCAUUCCACGCAACUUUAUUGGCCUCUUGCUCCUAUGAUUUUACUGUAAGAUUUUGGGACUUUUCCAAGCCUAACCCUUUGCUGGAAACUGUUGAGCAUCAUACAGAAUUUACAUGUGGACUAGAUUUGAGCCUUCAUAACUGUGGUCAGGUGGUGGACUGUGCUUGGGAUGAAUUAGUCAAGAUCUAUACUCCGUCGUGUCUGGCAGUUGCUGUCUAGAGAAAAGAUGAAGAAGCUCUGACACACCAGGAAUCCUUCUCUCCAACCAGACUUGCACUAAACGUGUCAAUUGUGUCACUAAUCCUCAUGUCUUUUUUUAAGUAAAAGUCCAUUUUAACUGAAAGUGUUGUGCACUUGAGAAUUUGGAGAUUUUAGGAGUUGUUCUACUCUACAGGUAGUACUUGAGUCAGCAGAGCGUUCAACAGCUACUGCAUGGUCGAAGAGUGGCAGUAGCAGAUAUUAGAUGGUAUCUUCAGAGUAGAAUCAUCGACACAAUUUUGUGAGCAAUCUGGCUGAUGAUGAGAGAAGGCGCCUGAAUUUUCUUGAUCUUUAUAAAGAAUAAAAGUAACUGGCAGUGUAUUUUUAGAUAACUGUCACUGUAAAAAGAAAAUUAAAAAGUGGCUUUUCACUGUAAAGUACUGUAAUGGCAACCUGAGGCUUGUAUCACUCAGAUUAAUAUUGAUAUGCUUUGCUGUGACUCACAUUACAUUAUUUUCUUGUGCAAUAUGAUGAAUACUCUUGAUAGACAGUAAAUGUCAUACUUUAUA